AUGGGUACUGCAGCCCCAGAAAGUGCCCAUAACCCACCCUCCCUGCCAUGGGCAGUGCAGCCCUGUACAGUGCUACCAACCAGUACCCCUAAUGCAGGCAAUGACACCCUGGAUAGCGCCCCCAACCCACCCCACACUGUGAAAGGUGCAGCCCUGGAUAGCCCCUGUCCUACCACUCUGUUGGUGCUGCAGUCUCUGUCACCGCCACCACCAACCACAGCAGUGCAGCCCCGGUUUGGGCCCCCAAACCAUCCCCCCAGUGCAGGCAGCACAGCCCCAGAUAGCACACCCAACCAGCCACCCAAGACGGGCAUGUCCAUCGCUGCCACCAACCACAAACAGGGCUGCAAACAGGAAGGAUUUUAUUCACCGUCGAUGCGGCCCCGAGUUGUCCCAAAGCGAGGCAGUGCCCCCAAGGUCUGUGCAGAGCAGAACGCAGCUCCGCCCUCGCAAAGACUCGGGGUUGUUCAGGGCGGGGUGGGCUGUGGACCCAGCAGGCCCGGCACCCAGGUCAGGGCUCCAGGGAGGCCAGAGGAGCUCUAUGGUGACUUUGAAGACUUGGAAACAGGGGACGUGCACAAGGGAAAAUCGGGCCCCGAUACUCAGAAUGAAGAUGUAGAGAAGGAAGAAAUUGACCCUGACGAAGAAGAAAGUGCCAAGAAAAAGCAUUUGGAUAAGAAGAGAAAAUUGAAGGAGAUGUUUGAUGUGGAAUAUGAUGAAGGAGAAAGCACAUAUUUUGAUGAUCUUAAAGGAGAAAUGCAGAAACAAGCACAGCUGAAUCACGCAGAAUUUGAAGAUCAAGAUGAUGAAGCCAGAGUUCAGUAUGAGGGUUUUCGACCUGGGAUGUACGUCCACGUUGAGAUUGAAAAUCUUCCCUGUGAAUUUGUGCAGAACUUUGACCCCCAUUACCCCAUUAUCCUGGGUGGCUUGGGCAACAGCGAGGGAAAUGUUGGAUACGUGCAGAUGCGUCUGAAGAAACAUCGCUGGUAUAAGAAAAUCCUCAAGUCCCGAGAUCCAAUCAUAUUUUCUGUAGGGUGGAGGAGGUUUCAGACCAUCCCGCUCUGUUAUAUCGAAGACCACAAUGGAAGACAAAGGCUUCUAAAACCCUAUCACUCCACAGGGAACUGGUUUCUUGGCAAUACAGUCUGUCAGUGGCAUAAUGGGAAUGUUUAAUUCUGUCUUGGAAGUGGCCAAAUUUGAAGGUGCUGUGAUUCGAACUGUCAGUGGGAUAAGGGGGCAGAUCAAGAAAGCACUCUGAGCUCCAGAAGGAGCUUUCCGGGCCAGCUUUGAGGAUAAGCAGCUGAUGAGCGAUAUUGUCUUCAUGCAAACUUGGUAUCCUGUUUCCAUUCCAGCCUUAUAUAACCCAGUAACAUCUUUGUUGAAACCAGUGGGUGAGAAAGACACCUGGUCAGGAACGCGGACCACGGGCCAACUCAGGCUUGCCCAUGGUGUCAGACUAAAGGCAAACAAGGACUCUCUGUAUAAGCUGGACUGUGCUGCUGCCAUCUCGGCUCACUGCAACCUCCCUGCCUGAUUCUCCUGCCUCAGCCUGCCGAGUGCCUGCGAUUGAAGGCACGCGCCGCCACGCCUGACUGGUUUUCGUAUUUUUUUGGUGGAGACGGGGUUUCGCUGUGUUGGCCGGGCUGGUCUCCAGCUCCUAACCGCGAGUGAUCCGCCAGCCUCGGCCUCCUGAGGUGCCGGGAUUGCAGAUGGAGUCUGGUUCACUCAGUGCUCAAUGGUGCCCAGGCUGGAGUGCAGUGCCGUGAUCUCGGCUCGCUACAACCUCCACCUCCCAGCCGCCUGCCUUGGCCCCCCAAAGUGCUGAGAUUGCAGCCUCUGCCCGGCCACCACCCCGUCUGGGAAGUGAGGAGCGUCUCUGCCUGGCCGCCCAUCGUCUGGGAUGUGAGGAGCCCCUCUGCCUGGCUGCCCGGUCUGGAAAGUGAGGAGCAUCUCUGCCCAGCUGCCAUCACACCUAGGAAGUGGGGAGCGCCUCUUCCCGGCCGCCAUCCCAUCCAGGAAGUGAGGAGUGUCUCUGCCCGGCCGCCCAUCGUCUGAGAUGUGGGGAGUGCCUCUGCCCCGCCUCCCCGUCUGGGAUGUGAGGAGCGCCUCGGCCCGGCCGCGACCCCGUCUGGGAGGUGAGGAGCAUCUCUGCCCGGCCACCCCAUCUGAGAUGUGAGGAGACCCUCCGCCUGGCAACCGCCCCGUCUGAGAAGUGAGGAGCCCCUCCGCCUGGCAGCCGCCCCAUCUGAGAAGUGAGGAGCCCCUCCACCCGGCUGCCACCCCGUCUGGGAAGUGAGGAGCGUCUCCGCCCAGCAGCCACUCCGUCUGGGAGGGAGGUGGGGGUCAGCCCCCGCCAGGCCAGCUGCCCCAUCCGGGAGGUGAGGGGCGCCUCUGCCCGGCCGCCCCUGCUGGGAAGUGAGCCCCUCUGCCCGGCCACCACCCUGUCUGGGAGGUGUACCCAACAGCUCAUUGAGAACGGGCCAUGAUGACAAUGGCGGUUUUGUGGAAUAGAAAGGGGGGAAAGGUGGGGAAAAGAUUGAGAAAUCGGAUGGUUGCUGUGUCUGUGUAGAGGGAGGUAGACAUGGGAGACUUUUCAUUUUGUUCUGUACUAAGAAAAAUUCUUCUGCCUUGGGAUCCUGUUGAUCUGUGACCUUACCCCCAACCCUGUGCUCUCUGAAACAUGUGCUGUGUCCACUCAGGGUUAAAUGGAUUAAGGGCGGUGCAAGAUGUGCUUUGUUAAACAGAUGCUUGAAGGCAGCAUGCUCGUUAAGAGUCAUCGCCAUUCCCUAAUCUCAAGUACCCAGGGACACAAACACUGAGGAAGGCCGCAGGGCCCUCUGCCUAGGAAAACCAGAGACCUUUGUUCACUUGUUUAUCUGCUGACCUUCCUUCCACUAUUGUCCUAUGACCCUGCCAAAUCCCCCUCUGCGAGAAACACCCAAGAAUGAUCAAUAAAAAAUAAAAAAUAAAAAAUAAAUUUAAAAAAAAA